AAAUUGUAGGCCUUACCAAACUUUAGGUGAAAUCCGUAGUUAUCCUAAAAUCCGCGAAAAGACAAUAUCGUCCUCCUCUCGUGCGGUUCAUGCUGUGGACACAUACAGCUCUCCGGUGGCAAUCGGCAAGCCUCGUUUCUUCCUCUGACCCAAAUCAUUUAUAGAGGGAGAAGCCUGCGAUCGCCGACUCACUUCCCUGCCUCCAUAAAUAAUGGCGCUGAUCACCAGGAACACCGCUUCUCGCCUCCCGCUCCUACUCGCCAACCACCGCGCUGCCGCCGCCGCUUCUCUUCAUACAACCAUCCCCUCGCUUUCCCCCGAUAACGCGACCAAACCGACCUCUUAUGCACCGCCGCCUUCCCCGGCCACCUCUUCCCCCGUGGGGCUCUCAAAGACGGCCGAGUUUGUGAUCUCCAAGGUCGACGAUGUCAUCAACUACGUCCGUCGAGGCUCCAUCUGGCCCAUGACUUUCGGGCUCGCUUGCUGCGCUGUGGAGAUGAUGCACACCGGUGCCGCUCGCUACGAUCUGGAUCGGUUUGGGGUUAUUUUCAGGCCUAGUCCUCGCCAGUCCGAUUGUAUGAUUGUCGCUGGUACCCUUACGAACAAAAUGGCCCCUGCUCUUCGCAAGGUGUAUGACCAGAUGCCAGAGCCCAGAUGGGUCAUCUCCAUGGGAAGCUGCGCCAAUGGUGGUGGAUACUAUCACUACUCGUAUUCUGUCGUACGUGGCUGUGACAGGAUUGUCCCUGUGGAUAUCUACGUCCCAGGUUGCCCUCCAACUGCUGAGGCCCUACUCUAUGGAAUACUUCAGCUGCAGAAGAAGAUCAACAGGCGCAAGGAUUUCAUGCAUUGGUGGACCAAAUAAGACCCUCUCUGAAACACUUGUAGAGGGCAGCUUCUAUGGCACCUAAGAAUUCAACGUUGUUUUGCCUUGUCUUGUGUUUAUUAAGUGGUGUGCGAGGAUAGAAAGAUAUUUUCCACCGUUAUUGAUGGCCCUGUUUCCAUAACCUGGGAAAGCCUUGAGCCUCCGGAGCUCUGGAGCUACUAUGGCUUCUCUGGAAAAGAUAUUAUGACUUUGAUUGGCAUGAAAGUGCUUGCAUAUUUGUUCAUCUUUUCCUUUUUCUUUUUGCUGUUUCGGCCAGUUACUCGGUUGAUUGUUGUUUAUUGCUGAUGCAACUUGGAAUUGGUUUGUGUUGUUAUCUGGAGCAAAUAAAGAGCCCUCUUGUGA